GAUUAAAUGCACUGUGGAGACAUACUGCAUGUUUCGUCAUGAUUGUCUACAGAACAGCUCAAGCUCUCAUCUGUCUUCUUAUCAUUGUGAUGGCAGGAGCAGAGGUGCAGGAAAACCUUGCACCUGAGUGUAAACAGUUCCUGUUCAUGGGCACACUGCCUCGAGGGCUUGAGGACCAGCCUUUUAAAAAGAUUUGCCAGUUCUACAAGGGCAACCCGCGGUAUGUCACCUUGUAUGACACUUUCAACCACAUCCCGGUUUAUUCUGCAUACACCUUUAAGCGAUCGGAUGGCUCCAAGAAGGCUGAUGCACCUUGGAUGUACGAGCCACAACUCUCCACAGUCUCUGGAUCACGCGAGAUGCAGCAGUUGCCUUCUGAAAAUGUUCAUAAAAGUUUUGAGGAUGCUCAGGCUGUGCUUGAGGACUACUCUGACAGUGUAAUCUUUGAACGUGGUCAGCUGAAUCCAGAUGAACACCAGGCCCACCCUGAUGACAAAGCAUCCACCUACACUCUGACAAAUGUGGUCCCUCAGGUCAGAGAGUUCAACAUCGGCCCUUGGAAAAACCACGAGCACACCAUCCGCAGGCGGCUCAACAACUACUGCCGUGGCACCGCCUAUGUGGUCACCGGGGUCACUAACUCGGGGCACACAAUCCGCCGCAACAACAUCAACCGCCUGGGCAUCCCCACCUACUUCUGGUCGACUUACUGUUGCAUUGAUUUUGACCACAAUGCACCAUACUCAGAGCGCUCAAAGUUUCCUGCGUUUGCAGCUCACGGGCUCAAUGACAGGGAAAAUAAUAAGGUUCAAGAGAUGACGGUGCAGCAGCUGGAGGACUUCCUGAAGAGGGUAACUUUUGUCAGCAGCUCUUUUCAGGUCUUCUAUGACAACUGUGUGCCUCCUAAUAGUGCUAAUAGGGCCCUGCACCUGCCUUAAAAAAAAAUGGAUAUGGUCCUUCACAUUUAGUAUAGAUUUAUAUUCUCACACCAGUGUCAAUAACAUUGAAUAUUUAGUAGCUGAUUAGAAUUUUUUUUAUUAAUUUAAUAAUCAUUUUAACUGAUAUAUUCAACAUUUUGCAGUGUCCAAAUUUAAUUUUCAUUAUCCAAUUUAGUUUUGCAUCCAAUUGCUCCAUGGCAGCUUGUUUGCUCAUUAAAAUCCCUUUUACAUUUAAUAAAAGUAUAUGAUUAUACAACCAUCUUUGUCCUAGACCUAAGAGUCAGUCAGGCCACUACGACCCUGAUUUUCAUUAUAACUGGGACUGAUGCUUAAUUAUUUUACCCAGUAUUUACUUUGUAGUUCAACAGUAGAACAAAAUAAUCUCAGUUGCACUAAUUAUCUUUUCUAAGCUCCAUUUGCUGAAAAGAUCUGAAGAUGUGGUUGAAAGCUCUGAAAAGCUAUUAAGUGGACCUCUGAUCUUAGAUUUUGUUACAUAGUAUCCCCAAAGGUCAAGAUUGAUCCUCCAUGUUAACAUCUGUCAGGGUAAAAAGCAAAACAAAAAAAAACCCUUUGUAACUGAAGUUUUUGCUUUUGUUUUGUUUGCAUAAACACAAUAUGAAAAGCCUAUAGCCUACACAUGGUUGUAGUCCUCUUUCACUUUAUCUCAUGUUAACUUAUCCUCUUUAUGAAUGCGGACACCUUCCUCUGUGGCCUUUUGUUCAGCAGACAGAUUAGACCAACAGUUUUAACUGUAACACUACUGUACACUUCCCUUAUGAAAAGCCACAAACAUAUCCAGGACAAACGGAGCCAAUUUGUGAGCCACUGAUGCUAAAUUAAGUUUAAAUAAAGUGGGAUGUAAAAAUAAAAAUCAUUAUCUUUCUCCCA